AUGGCGCAAACACCACAACAACGACGAGCCAACGAUCGGUUCGCAAAGACCGAGGCGGCCAAGCGCGGCAAAGGGCCCGUCACCGUGAAGCCCAAGAAGAACACCAAGUCUCCCCUCUCAGCAACUUGGGUCGUUCUCCUUGCUUUUGUCGUUUGCGGUGGUCUCCUUCUGGAGCUGCUGCGGGUCAUCCCUGACCUCUGGUCCACCGUGGCCUCAUGGUUCAGUCAGAUCACAGGCUAG